UGUAGAUCAACGUCUGAUAGAAUCAGAUUCGAGGACAAGUAUCAGUCGCAUUAUCAUCAUGAUUGCUACCUCCCCGGAAGUCUGCCCAUCUGGUUCAUAUGAACCGACCACUGCGGACAUUCUCAUGGUCAAGAAAUACUUCAAGUUAUUUUCCAUCUCACUUCCAGAUGAACUCAUCGAUGACAUUAUCGAUGCUGCCUCCUAUUGGGCACACACAUCUUUAACAGUUAAUGGUCAUAUUGUUGCCUGUGCCGACGGAGACAAGAUGUACAUGCGUACAUUGCCCCUUGCAGUGUAUGGCACAGAAGGAGACUUCCUACUCGAUAAAGAAAAUUUACAGGGAGAAGGGUUUGUCCUGGGCGGGCUACCUCCAACUGAGCUGGAGUGGGCGGCGCCCACACGUGCCAAACCCUUUCGCAAGAUCGAGUUUCAGCUAUGGAGUCAUGACCAGGGCUGGGGCGGUGAACUUGGUUGUCGAGGAACGUACAAUGGUGCUUACUCCUGGUUCGAUGCCAGUGUGGAGAGACUUCACUCCACUUCCUGUUUCACGGGAAGCAUCGAGUGGCCCUCUUCAUUCCUCUUCACCGCAGUUGAUGCCCUGAAUCUGCCAGACGACGUCACAUUUAUUCAAAAAGAUGUCAAGCGACCAUUCUUACCUUCUCCUUCCACUCUCCAGAAAAAUAUUGUUGCGGAAGGUCGAACAACACACCAUAUCAUCACUUGGACGGACCUUGAUGAUGUCAAAGAAAGUUCACCUGAAGCGAUUGCAGCUGAAAAUAGGGGACAGGGAUGGAAAUCAUACGAUGGUAGCUUUGUACGUGACUUGCAGGUCGGUGACUGCAUUACUUUGUGGAUGAGGGCUCGCUUCCCAGGCUGGAGCAACGAUGCUGUGAAGGCGAAGAUAACAGCAUUUUGGGCAGUAUAGACUGAUCUAGUCGGUGUCAAGAAAUGUGGACAAACCACCUCUUGUAUUAUGUAUAUCUGUACAUUCGAUGGGUAUCGUCUUCUACACGUACAGGAGAUUUCAAUCAAGGCUUUCAAGAUACAGAUCACAACA